AUGUCGAGCAACACCCAGGGGAGCUAUCGCCCCUAUGUCGACAAGGACACGUUCCACACGGGGAACCCCGUCGUGUUCAAGCCCGGGGUGGGGUUGAUCAACACCGACACCGGGCAGCCGCUCUCGGCGCAGGUGCUGAGCUCGGUGUCCAAGAUCAAUAACGCCAGAGUGGGGCGCGGGCUGAUUGGCAUCCACGCCGCCGGCAACGACGCCGUCGUCGUCGAGAAGAACUACGUGCUGGACCUCGAGCUUGCCGAGUACCUCGACACCAACAACUUGUGGGAGCUCUUGAAGAACCUCGUGUGGAGCUUUGCUCAAAACUACGUGAAAGUGGCGAUGGCGCAACCGCUAGAAAUGGUGCGGUUAGUAUUGCAAGUGGGCAAGCUCCCCAACGCUCCCGCCCACGAUAUCACGGGGCUGACGCUAUUUAACGUGCUGGACGAAGAGGAAGAGAGCCACAUCGACUACUUCCAGCUGACUAACGAGUGGAACGACACCCCGCACGCAAGCAAAGCGGCGUCGAAACGGCCGUCGCCGCUGCCUAAGCCUGUGGCCAGCCACGAGAAGCUCCAGCCACGGUCGCUGAGUACGUGGGACAUCCUCUCGCUGAUUGCCAACUUGGAAGGGCCCCUCGCGUUGUUCAAAGGGGUCAACGCCUCGUUCAUCUACAAUACCCUUUCCCACACGAUCGAGGCGUGGAUCACCGGGUUAUUAUCGCCUUUCUUAGGCGUGCCCGACCCUUACUUUUUAGAAUUGACCCACUCCAACGACCCGGCGCGGCUGUUGUGGCUCCUGGUGCUGGCGUGCGUGGUGGCUGGGCUCGUGCUCAUGCCCCUCGACUUGAUCCGCAUCAAGUUUAUGAUCACCAAGUUCUCGCGUCCCCUGAAGCGAGCGGAGCUGGCAUACCCCAACAUCAACACCCGGUCGUUGCGCGAGCUGUUGCGGUAUUAUCCCCGCGACCUCUUCUGGCACCCGCCGGCGUCGAUAUGCGUGUUGACGUCGCUCUACCAAGUCGCCAAACUGAUCUUCCGCAAGACCGCCCCUUACUUGCUUUUCAUCCGCUUCAACAUCGACAGCUACUCGAGCCCCAACGUCUACACUUUCGUCAACUUGUUCUCGCUUAUCGCGGAGUUUUUCGUCACCCUCCCCGUGGAGAACUUAUUGCGCAAGGAGCAGGUGCGGUUUCUCGUGACCCCUCGCACCACCGACGAGGACCCCAUGCGCGUGGUUACCAUUGACGACCCCGACGACGAGUUGAUUGUAAACUUUAACGACUCGUGGUUCACCGACGACACCAACACGCCGUUGGCGGAACGGGUGGCUAGACUCGGAUUGUUCAAUGGGUGGCAGGUGGGGCUCCUCAACGUGAUGGGGUUCUGGGGGUUGGCGAUCUUGAAGGAUGCCUCCGUCGACAUCCGCGAGGAGCGUCUCUGA